UAAUUCCGCCUCCAAGCAAGAAAUUCAUUGUUGUCCAACUAAUAUGGCGACUGGCGUUCUCGCCUCUGAUUGGCCCGUGCGGAGAGAAAUUCUAAAGCGGACAUGAACUUUUUUUUUUUCUUCUGAUGCUCGAAAGCCUCACCAACCAACGCGAAAACCCAACGCAAAUGUCCUAAUUCCGGACACCACAUUUUAAACUUAGAAAUUGCAUGGGUCAAGUUUAAUAUAAACUCGCGAUGGAUGCUUUCAAGCUUCUUACCAGGUCGACCAAGCUGAAGACCGGCGCCGGCGGUGGUGGCCCGGCCUCUUCAACAUCUCGUCUGCCAUCCACGGGCAAGGCGGCGAAUCCGAAGCUCUUUCGUACCGCGGAAGCUGACAAGGUUAUUGAAGAAUCCAAACAUGGAAAAAAGAGAAAGAGGGGCCAUGCGGCCCGGGAGCUCGAUGCGGAUGAUGAUGAUAAUGUUCCUGAUCUUGACUUUUUCGGGACAGGAGGAUCCUCUGCGCGGAGUUCCGCUGUGAAGAAGGAGCAGGAGGCGCAGGCUGAGCGAGAAGAUGGGUCUGAAGGGGAAGGGGAAGAGGACGAUGACGCGAUGGAUGAUGUCCAGCGUCGGACGGUUCUCAAUGCGCAUAAGAUCAAGGUGACGGAUCUGCGUGAUUUCGAGUCCAUCCAGCCUGUGCAGGUUGAAGAGCCUAAGAAAAAGAAGAAGAAGAGCAAGAAGACCGAAGAAACGCCAGCUCUCAGUAAGAAAGAGCAGAAAAAGGCCCGUCGAUUGUUUCCGGAGCCUCUUCUUUCUUUCAAGGAGUUACGGUCGAAAUACAAGAUUUCUAGACGGCUUGCUGAGAAUAUCGCCGAGCAAGGAUUUAGUGUUCCAACUGAAGUUCAACUGGGUACUCUUCCUUUAUUGCUGGGAGAGCCUUCCGGGUCGGAGAAGUCUAAGACUGAACCUGAUCUUUUGGUUGUUGCGCCGACAGGAAGCGGAAAAACUUUGUCGUUUUUGAUUCCGGUUAUCAACAAGAUUGUUCGGCAUCAUCAUGAACAAGAAGAAGAGCGUGGUAUUUUCUCCGUUGUUGUUGCGCCGACUAAGGAACUUGCUAGCCAGAUCGUCAAUGAAGGAAGGAAGCUGGUUCAAGGAACUGGUGUGAAGAUUACGUUGAUGAAGAAGGGAAUGCAAGUGGUGGAUCGCGAGGACAAGGAUGAUGACGAAGAUGCGAAUGAGUCGGAUAAAGACAGCGCAGAGUCUUCAGAGUCAGAAGAUGAUGAGAAGCCCACAGAGAAGAAGAGCAAAUCGAAGGCACCCGCCACCAAGAGCGACAUCCUCGUAACGACACCGUUGCAGCUUGUCAACGCACUUUCUGAGAACCGCACAAAACCCAUGGCUACCUUGCCUUUGGUGCGAAACCUGGUUCUGGAUGAAGCAGAUGUUCUUUUGGAUCCUCUGUUUCGCGAGCAGACACUUGAUAUCUGGCGUUCAUGCACACACCCAGAGCUCCGGGUUGGUCUCUGGUCCGCUACCAUGGGCUCGAAUAUUGAAGAUAUCACCAAGUCGACCAUUAAAGAACGACAAGAAUCCAUCGGCCAAACCGAGUCGCAUCCGUUGCUCCGUCUUGUUGUCGGAUUGAAAGAUUCCGCCAUCCCUAACAUCAACCAUAAACUCGUGUACGCCGCAACUGAACAAGGAAAGUUGCUGGGUCUGAGACAACUUCUUCACCCCGCUGCAGCAUCAGCAUCAGAUGUUCGCCUCCGUCCUCCCUUCCUGAUCUUCACCCAGACCAUUCCAAGAGCGGUUGCGCUGCAUUCCGAAUUGCGAUAUGACAUCCCAGCCGAAGCUGGGGGUUCAUCUCGAAUCGCUGUUCUCCACUCGGAACUAUCCGACGGCCAACGAUCUGAGAUCAUGAAGAACUUCCGCAAAGGCGAGAUUUGGAUCCUGGUCACAACCGAUCUUUUAGCACGUGGUGUCGAUUUCCGUGGUAUCAACGGAGUGGUUAACUACGAUAUUCCCAACUCUGCAGCCGUCUACGUCCACCGUGUUGGAAGAACCGGCCGAGCAGGCCGUGAAGGUGGCAUUGCAGUGACUUACUACACCAAGGAGGAUAUUCCCUACGUGAAGAGCAUCGCCAACAUCAUCGACGUUAGUGAAAAGCUACGAGGAACAGAGGGCGAGAAGUCCAUUCAGAAGUGGUUGCUCGAUGCCCUGCCUGAUCUCAGCAAGAAGAACAAGCAAGAAUUGAAGAAACAUGGCGUCAAAGCCAGACAGACAAACCUCAAGGGUGCCAAGGAUGAUAAAGAAAACCGGAAGAUGCGGAUCAGUACCAAGAGUGGCUUUGAGAGACGGGCAGAGAACAAGAAGAAGGGCGCCAUUGCUGCCAGUCGCAACCGGAAAGCCAACCCUAAACCUGCCGCAGAUGCUGGCAGUGAUGAUGAGAGUUGGGGUGGUGUUGAAGAAUAGACGAAUCGUCUACAAGCGUCCAAGCGUCAUGAAUUUCAUGUCAAAAGUUAUACAGAACACUGUACAAAAGAAAACCUAUGAUUCCCAACCAGCAUACUCUUAUUUUGGAUAAUAAAAUUCACGAAUUAUUCUCCUCGGCCAAACUCCUCCGUAAAAACACCGGCGCAAA